CUCAGCCAGAGCUCAUAUCAGUACCUGGUAAAUGGGAAACCAAAACAACGUGACUGAAUUCAUUCUUUUGGGUCUUACGAAAAACCCAGAGCUGCGGAAAAUAUUUUCUACUGUAUUUCUAAUCAUAUAUGUGACCACCAUGUUGGGAAACCUACUCAUUGUGGUAACUAUGACUGCAAUUCAGAGUCUGAGGUCACCUAUGUAUUUUUUCCUUACUUACUUGUCCCUAACCGAUGCCAUCUUUUCUUCCGUCAUCACCCCCAAGAUGAUUGUGGAUUCCUUCUCUGAGAGUACUACCAUCUCCCUCAAAGGCUGCAUGACCCAGCUCUUUGCAGUACACUUCUUUGGUGGGGUGUCGAUCAUCCUUCUCAUUGUGAUGGCCUAUGACCGCUAUGUGGCCAUCUGUAAGCCCCUGCACUACAUGACUACCAUGAGUCCUCGGGUGUGCUGCCCGCUGCUGGGAGGGGUCUGGGUGGGAGGAUUUUUGCAUGCAAUUACACAGCUCCUCUUCAUGUUCCAAAUACCUUUCUGUGGUCCCAAUGUCAUUGAUCACUUUAUGUGUGAUUUGUUUCAACUGCUGACACUGGCCUGCAUGGACACCCGCAUCCUGGGCUUCUUGGUCAUCCUCAAUAGUGGGGUGAUGUGUGUGACCAUCUUUCUUAUCCUCAUUGUCUCCUACAUGAUCAUCCUCUGCUCCUUGAAGUCUUGUAGCUCUGAAGGGCGACACAAAGCCCUGUCUACCUGUGGCUCCCACCUCACAGUGAUCGUCUUGUUCUUUGUGCCAUGCAUUUUCUUCUAUGUAAGGCCUGUAGCCAUUUAUCCCAUAGACAAGGCAAUGGCUGUGUCGGAUAUCAUCACACUCAUGUUAAAUCGCUUAAUCUACACCCUGAGGAAUGCAGAGGUGAAAAAUGCCAUGAAGAAACUUUGGAUUCAACGAGAGACUUUAGUUCGCAAGUAA